GCCGCUCCGGCUGGAUUUUCAGCGUGCCACCCCGUAUAAAACCGUGACCGGGGCGCGCGAUACCAACAGGUGAUGCCGAAGGAGGAGGACACUCCCUCGAGCGGCAUCGUCGAGCGUCUCUCUCCCCCGGGUCCUGCCGCCAACGACAGUGAUUUACUACUCACGAGCCUAUCGUUCACUCCUACCUCUCGACGGAUUGCCGACGAGCGCCAAGACCCAUCCGAGGCUUACGGGAGAGUAAAUCCGAGCCGGACACAGCCUCCGCGUGUGCUCGCCGCGGACUCGCUGCGACGACAAGGGAAAAGCGGCGGAGGGACCGCUCUCGGCCGCGAGAGAAACGCGGCCAAAGUUUCGAUCGGUCGAUGAUAUUUAGUGGACAGGUCGCCGCUUUUACAGUGCUCCCCUCGCGACUUCCGACGCAGCUUCCCGCGCGCGUUCGCCCUUCGCGAAGAGAGCAGUCCAGGGAGAUUACAAACCGGACGGGUUUGACGGACGGACGAGAGCGCGAAUUGAGACGAGCGCGAGAUCGAUUCGCGACAUGCGAUGAUCAAGUGUUCCCGUGCUCGCGUUGGAUUCCGCCAAGGUGAGCCACUUUCAAAUCUUUCACGCGAGAUCGCACUUUGUGGCGAUGCGCACAGGUGGACGACGAUUUUCGGAUACGUGCACGCGAGAAACGCUAGACGAUACUUGUCGCGUGGAGCGACUGCACCUCCCUGUGCGGCGUUUUUCACGCUCCGACGACACGGUCUCCGAUUAUAAUUGUUGACAUUUCAUAUUUCAAUCUACUUCGCCGCAAUGCUGCUGCCCGCUUCGAUCGCUCUCGUACGUCGCACGCUAGCGGAACGGAGAUACCGGUUACGUUGAUUGGAGACGAAUUUUCCGCUGGAGCUCGCGCGACGUUUCGAAGCGAGUGUCCGUGAAAGGGGGAUUCUUACACAGAGACACGCGAAAUGCGAAUACAAUGAGAUUACACGGCUGCACCGGCGAGAUCGACGGCGAGCGGCGGGGACGUAAGACGAAUGCGACGACAAAAAGGACAAGAGUCAUUCCGUGAGAUGGAAAUGCCUCUUCGUCUCAGAAGGUAUUAAAGCGCAUUACGAGAAUACAUAAAAAAAGAACCUAAAGAACAUUGCAGUCGCGGACACAACCGAUAUAUUUCAGCGCACGAUGCGCUGAAUCCUCGCUUUAUACAUUAAAUCAUUGAUUUUCUCUUGUCGCUUCGUAUUCGGAGUCUAAUUACAUUGAUGCUCCUAAAGAGACUUAUUAACAAUCGAAUCCCGAAACAGUCGUCCCCUCCCCCCGGCCUCUACGAUUUUUUCUCCUUUUCUACGUAAUAUUUCUCUCGCCCAUUCGCAGCUCUCGAUAAAGCUAUUCAUUAAUUUCACGUUGGAUACGUAUCCAAAAGAUACUCCGAGGAGUAAUUUAUCAGUGCUGUCGCUUGAAUGCGACUGUGUGUUCCUAAUGAACAAAGACGCAAAACUAGCUUGAUUUCGAGCGAGCGCAAUUCAGCCGGCAAGAGCUUCCCGAUACGGAGAACGCGAUAUAUUAGAUACAACACAUUGGCGAUUCGAAGCAUGUUCUCAGCUUGUUCGUAAACUUGUAAAUCACGAGGAGGGAAAAGUAAUGCAGAGGCCAAUUUAUGGAAAUUGGAGCGAAUAAUCAGCAUUACGCCCCACGAUCGUCAUCGUCGUCGUCGUCGUCAUCGUCGUUGGGAAAACAAUCCUCCGUACCACCGGACAAUACGUAUCUUUGGAAAUGGCCGAUUUCGUUACAUCGCGGAAGAUAACGAAAGCGAAAUGACGAAGUGGGAAACGUGGCGCGAAUACGAACCGCCCUGGAUAUCGUCAUGUUUUCUUAGUACGCUGGCACUGCGUACGCAACACGUGUUGGAAUAAAAAUAAAACCACGUCAACGGCUUUUCUCUGGCACGACGCCUGAAAUUUCCAGGUUCAUCGAGCCACUUUGUUGAUUAGCAGUUCGGAUUACACACGCUAGGCUACCUUUGCUACACGUAACCCAAUCGCCCGAAAGUGAAACCUUAGUCGGAAACAGGCGGUUCGUUAAUUUUGACACAAGCUUUCAUUUGCUUCGUUGGUGACGAAAAAGAGAGAAAGCAGAAGGAGAGAAGGAGAAAGACAGAGACAGAGGGAGAAAGGGAGGGAGAGGGAGGAAGAGAAGGACGCCACAAAUGGACGACUGCAAUCAAUCACCGAGCAUGGUUUCUUGGGUCGUGAGAUUUGGUAGAGUGUAGACAAGAUGCUGUGACACGGGGAAAAAAAGAAGAAAAAGGAAGAAAGUAUGCCACAAGGAAGCAUUCAAUGGCAGGGGACGCAGAGAAGAGCCUGCGGACCUGGGGCUAACUGGAAUGUACAGGUGGUGAGAGGCAAGGUGACAACGCGGUGCUUGUGGCACGCCUGCAAAGCUCUCGGAAUUGGGCUGCUGCUAAUGCUUUUAGGAGCUUGCAUGGCGACUAUAGGAUAUUAUGCGGAUCAGCUGUCGGUGGCGCAGGAGAUCAGAGGUAAUCUCACGAUAAAAGUGAAGAACGAGUCGCGCGGAUUUCACCUGAAUAAUCUGAGCUACGCCGGUCCCAUCGUUAUGGGUGUAGGAGGUUUCAUUGUAGUAGCUGCUUGCGUAAUGACCUUCGAAGCUCGCGAUAGUGCCGCCAAGGUAGUGCCGGCACGUUUCCGCUUCAACCAGACAUCCACACUCAAGAGCUCGAAAAGCCAACGCAACAGAAGAUCAACAUCGAGCCAGACGACAAAGUGGGACCACCAGUUGGGGCUUUUCAGAGUGAACCGCAGCCCGAGUCCCAGUACACACGAGGUCUCCAGGAAACAGCUGACGGCAGAAUUCAUGCAAUUCUCGAAGGACCUGCGAGAGAAAGGAGUAGCGCACUCCAUAAAGAAGAGCCCGAGCGCUCCGACAUUGAUCGACAAAAAGUCACCGCGUCAAAAAUCGCCUAAAUACGCCGCUUGUUCGCUGUUAAAUCCAGAAUUGCUGCAAAGACACGCUCUCUCAGUCGACAACCCGAGCUACAGUCCGCAUCAGAUGAGUAGAGAGAGCCUAGAACAUCAGAAGAUGAGCGGUAGUCAAGUUUCAAUGGCGAUGGAUCUGCACAUCCCGAAUAAAGGUCCUGUUACGCUCAAAGUGAAGGACCGAUCCGACACAGCGAGGCGUCAUCAACUGCUGCGUCAGACAAAAGUGGAGGACGUCGAGGAAGUUGACGAAGCCGUGCGACAACCACCAACUCUCGUUCACUCGCCUAAAUUGCCAGGUACUUACUGUAGAUAUCCGGACGACUUUGUGCCAAGGAAGAGAAACUCAAUAGACUUAAGGUUGCUGGAGGAAUUGACGGCGGUGUCGAAGGAAUUUGGUAAGGUCUCGCCGCGAGACUUUCGAAAGAUCUCAUCACCCAACUUCCGUAAAAUGUCCUUCGACAGAAUCGGCGGUGAUCGUCGCUUUGACAGAACGAUGGGACAUCGAAAGGCCAGUCUAGAAUUUCGAAGAAGUCCCGACUUUCGAAGAGGAGAUUACAGGAAGCUUUCGAUAGAUCGAUUCAGCGUCGACUGUACCCGGUAUAUGCUUGAUGAGACGGAUAUAAGAUCACGUACGAGUAGCGGGGAGAAUCUACGAAGACAGUCGCGUCAUCCUAAGCUGCACCAUUCCAGAUCGGAUGACAACAGGAGACGAUCCUUCGAUAGACACCCCAGAGACCCUCAAUCGAGUCGACACUCCUUGAACACCCAGGCCGUCGUGGAAGGCGAUUUCGAACAAAAGUAUUUUACGACAGUGUCCCUCGACACCGAAGAGAGCCGCGGUGACAACUCUGAUGAAAGUCAUGUGGUGGAUAUUGAAGACGUGAGUCCUGCCGCUGCGUCGUCCGACGGGCCAACAGAGGCCGACAUGCUGCUCGAAGAACCGGAACUGGAGAAUGUCACGGAGAUUGACGUGGAGAGUUCUGGCGAUGAUCUCGACGACGACGGCGACGACGACGACGACGACGACGACGACGACGACGACGACGACGACGACGAUAAGUGUGGAACGCGCAAGCCGCUGAACGAGAGAACAGGCGCGAUGACACAUAAUCAAAGUCCUACAAGCAUCGCCGAGAUCGUGGACUCAUCAACGAUCGUCGACGAGAAGAUGGUACGCGAUUCUCAGCAAGUCGAUAAUGAGAAAUACGAGGCGACUUUGUACAUAGAGGACGACGAAGUGUGAAGAGACCGAGAAUGUUCUUGGGGAUUAAUACGCAGCACACCCAGAAUAUUCUGGGGAAAAUAACGCGCGACAUUCGCGAAGCAAUUGGGAACUGAUGACAGUCGGUAUCGCUGGUAAUCUCCUAGCGGGACCUUAGGAGGAAUUAUAGCGAUUGCUGUCGCAGUCGGUCGAACGCGAUUGUCUUUUUAACGCGACAUGUCGCAAAACAUGCUCAACGAUAUAAGAUUUAACACGGCAUAAGUAAUAACGAGAUCACGUUCGAAUUGCGUUUUGUAACGAGACAAUCGUUUUCUAUCAGCGUCGUCUUCCGUCAGAGGGCGACGAAUGUAGUAACAUUUGCCACAAUGAUGACAAAUAAUUGUUACCGACAAAUUUUGACGUAGCGCAUAGACGUGAUAGUAAACCUAAUGUAAGGUAGAAACUCGUUGAAAUGCAGACGUGUAAUUACGCACACCGAAAAGGUUUUUGUACCCGUAAUGAAUGAAGAACGCAACGUAACAUGACAUUCACUUGUAAAUAUUUCGAAGGAAUGUGUGGCGGGAUUAAAUAUAAACCUUGGGUCGUAGAAAGCGACAUUAAAAAAAAAAUAAAAAAUAACUGCAGAGUGUCCCAGACGGCGCAUAUUAAUUUUGUUAAAUUUCAAGAGAUGCAAGAAUAGAUUCAGAAUGUUACUCUUCAUUGAGUUGCAAAUAGAAUUUUGAUAGAUUUUUAAUCUACUAAAAAUUUAUAACCGACUACGUACAAGCAACACACUUAAAAUGCGCGAUAAUUGGACAACUCUGUAUAUAAUUUACGGCAAAUAUAUGAGGUUUUUAGUAAAAUGUUUUAAUGGAGCUCGGUGAGGAAUAUUUGUGAGUUAAGAUUUCAUUGUGUAUCACCGAGAGUAUCUUUAAGACUUUUCUUGAAACCGAAGCAUGAAACAUAUAUGGGAACUGAACGUUUACAGAUCUCAGGUUUCCUCCAAUCUGUUGUUAACGUGUUUGCCGCGAAAUGUACACGAAACUGCGGCCUAUAUCUCGUACUUUCUCGUGAAACAUUAGUCGACAGAGUCAUAGACCUUAUGUAAAUUUGACGAACACGACAAUCUCGGAAAACUUUUCGAUACGUUCAGCUCCGCGCCGACCGAUGAAAAGAAAAAAAUGAAAUAUAUAAAAUUUCUAGCAAAGCUCGACACCUCUCUUCUUUACAACGGCGUCGAGCACAACAGUUAUUCGUAAUAAAGUGACGGCUUAGCCGCGCGUGUAAUAUAUUUUUAUAUCCACACGGCGAUAUAUAAUAGCUCGUACAAUGUUGAUUAUAUAUAUUAACGAUCAGUCAAUAUCGACAAAGAUCGCGAUUGUUUUCGUUUUAACAAGCGUCUGGCUUGAGGAAAAUAUACACCUGCCUUCUGAUAAACUAACUCGCCUGAGAGUGUGGUUCUUAUUUGUUGCGUGUUACUAUGAUGGUUAUCUUUGCUGCAUUUUCACAAACGAAAAAAUUCUCGUUUAGGAUCUUACUGGAGCUGUAUAAAUUAUGAUUUAUACAUUUGUCAGUUAGACAAAAUAUACAGGCCAUCUCAAAAUCUCCACGACCUUAAUUUCAAUAUCAGAUUUCUUGAAAAACCUAGGAUGCGUUAUUCUUUAGGAAUAAUUCCGAAAAACAUCGUCGCAUUUUUUGCAACUUGCUUACAUUUAUAAUUAGAUAUUUUCGUAUCUUGAACUGUAAAAUUUUCUAAAAAAUAUAUCUCUCUUUACGCUGAGAAGACAAUUUACCUUUAAAUUGAUUCGGUAAUUUUUAAUCAGAAGAUCAGAAUUAGAUGUUAGAAUUAAGGUCGAAGAGAUUGACGGAAACUUAUAUCUGUCCUGACUGCUUAUAUGUGAACAGUGUUCGAAUACGUUGUUGAUUGAAAAUCUAUUAAUAUCUUCACUCUACACUCGAUCUCAGUUGCUUUCUAAUAUAGAAGAUAUGUAAAAUAAAAAAAAAAAAAUGUAAUAAGAAAAAUGCAAUCAUCAUAUGCAAUAUUGUUGAUAUAUCGUAAAUCGUAACGAAUUGAGGAUAUCAACAGAUAUCGAGAUAGAUAUUGACAGAUAUAAUAAUCCUCUUAAAGCAAUCUGGUAUUUUUCUACCAGAAAUGUAAAAUUAGUAAUACUAAAAAAAGAAAUGUAUGAAAAACUGCGAACGGAGACUAACGUCUUUCAUAAUUUUCUAACCCCUCGUUGAAGCGGCCCCCAGCGUCUGUUAACUGCUGUUUUACAUAGUAAAGAAUAAUAAGUUGUGAUUACGGUUGUCGUUCUGUAGAAACUUGUGUAAAGCGUAUAACUAAUAAUUAACAAAGUAAACAUAAUCAAACUGUGAUCGAGAUAUAUAACUCAAUGAGAAACAAUACUAUUAAGUAACGUUUCUUACAAAAGUACUUGUUGAUCAACAACAACUAUCUCAAAUUGAGAAGUAAAUAGCCAAGCGCGAUUCAAAACUUAUCAAAAAUGAUAAAUACAAACAUUUCCUUAAAAGAAAAAAUAAUUUGAUUUAUUUCAACUUUCACAUUUAUAACUUGAUCGAUAUGUUGAUAAGAGAAAAAAAUAUAUGUAUAAAUUGUUUCAGAAAUUUUUCGCGGCGACAAUCAAAUAUUACAAGUAUUUGAAUCUAUUUGAGAAAUUCAACGAUAUCGUUUGCAACGUUACAACAUAUCUUUCUCUCUGAAAAG